CGUGCGUUCUGAUUGGCUGCUGCGCUCGUUCCAUGUUCUGGACUGUUCUCAGGAAGUCUUAAAGCGCAUUACGGCACAGACAGUUCUACUGCAGAGAUAUCGCGCGCGUUUCGAGCUGCGACACAGCAAGUGAUUGACAGAGUCAGCAUCUCAUCUGUAGAAACAACCAUGUCAAAGGGACCAGCAGUUGGCAUUGACCUGGGGACCACCUACUCCUGCGUGGGGGUCUUUCAGCAUGGCAAAGUGGAAAUCAUUGCCAAUGACCAGGGUAACAGGACCACACCAAGUUAUGUAGCAUUCACAGACACAGAGAGGCUGAUUGGAGAUGCUGCCAAAAAUCAAGUAGCAAUGAACCCCACCAAUACAGUCUUUGAUGCAAAAAGGCUUAUUGGACGGCGGUUUGAUGACGCUGUUGUGCAGUCAGACAUGAAGCAUUGGCCAUUUACUGUUAUAAAUGACAGCACACGCCCCAAAGUUCAAGUUGAAUACAAAGGGGAGACCAAGGCCUUUUACCCAGAGGAGAUUUCUUCCAUGGUGCUUACAAAGAUGAAGGAAAUUGCAGAGGCAUACCUUGGAAAAACCAUCACGAAUGCUGUUGUUACGGUACCUGCUUACUUCAAUGACUCUCAGCGCCAGGCCACAAAGGAUGCUGGGACUAUCUCUGGCCUCAAUGUUCUACGAAUUAUCAAUGAACCGACUGCUGCUGCCAUUGCCUAUGGCCUGGAUAAGAAAGUUGGUUCUGAGAGAAACGUCUUGAUCUUUGAUCUUGGUGGUGGCACUUUUGAUGUGUCCAUUCUUACUAUUGAGGAUGGCAUCUUUGAGGUCAAGUCUACAGCUGGAGACACUCACCUUGGGGGAGAAGACUUCGACAGUCGCAUGGUCAACCAUUUCAUCUCUGAGUUCAAGCGCAAGUACAAAAAAGACAUCAGCGACAACAAAAGGGCCGUACGUCGGCUGCGCACAGCAUGCGAGAGGGCAAAACGUACUUUGUCCUCUAGCACUCAGGCCAGUAUUGAGAUCGACUCCCUUUAUGAGGGAAUCGACUUCUACACUUCCAUCACCAGGGCUCGUUUUGAAGAGCUCAAUGCCGAUCUCUUCCGUGGCACGUUGGAUCCCGUAGAAAAAUCCCUUCGUGAUGCAAAACUGGACAAGUCACAGGUUCAUGACAUUGUCCUUGUUGGAGGGUCCACCCGUAUCCCAAAGAUCCAAAAGCUCCUGCAAGAUUUCUUCAAUGGGAAGGAACUGAACAAGAGCAUCAAUCCGGAUGAGGCUGUCGCAUAUGGAGCAGCUGUCCAGGCAGCCAUUUUGUCUGGAGACAAGUCUGAGAAUGUCCAGGAUCUGUUGCUCCUGGAUGUUACCCCUCUGUCCUUGGGAAUUGAGACUGCUGGUGGCGUUAUGACCAUCCUAAUCAAACGUAACACUACCAUUCCAACCAAACAAACACAGACCUUCACCACCUACUCUGACAAUCAGCCUGGUGUCCUCAUUCAGGUGUAUGAGGGCGAGAGAGCAAUGACUAAGGACAAUAACUUGCUUGGAAAGUUUGAGCUGACUGGCAUUCCUCCUGCUCCUCGUGGUGUCCCCCAGAUUGAAGUAACCUUUGACAUUGAUGCCAAUGGCAUCAUGAAUGUCUCCGCUGUAGACAAGAGCACCGGCAAGGAGAACAAGAUCACCAUCACAAAUGACAAAGGACGUCUAAGCAAGGAGGACAUAGAGCGCAUGGUGCAGGAAGCUGAGAGAUACAAGUCUGAGGAUGAUAUCCAAAGAGAAAAGGUUUCUGCUAAGAAUGGCCUCGAGUCCUACGCCUUCAACAUGAAGUCCACCGUUGAAGAUGAGAAACUCAAAGGCAAGAUUAGUGAUGAGGACAAGCAGAAGAUCCUCGACAAGUGCAAUGAGGUCAUAAGCUGGCUGGACAAAAACCAGACCGCUGAGAAGGAUGAGUAUGAGCAUCAGCAGAAGGAGCUAGAGAAGGUGUGCAACCCUAUCAUCACCAAGCUGUACCAGAGCGCUGGUGGCAUGCCUGGUGGGAUGCCAGAGAACAUGCCUGGAGGCUUUCCAGGUGCUGGAGGUGCCCCUGGUGGAGGUGGAUCCUCUGGUCCAACCAUUGAGGAAGUUGAUUAAAUUAUUCAGAGAAAUUAUUUCACUGUUUGAAACACCUUACUGUGUUGUUUUAGAGCACUUUAUUAAGUCAUUUUUUUUUCUGUUUGCAUGUUUCUGAGAUGUAAAACAUCUUAAAGCUUUAAUUCGGACCAGAUGCGAGUUGAUGUAAAACUCACAAGCAUUUAUUACCUGUUUUCUUUGUAGCAGGUUUGAGCAGUAUGUUUUUGUUCGUGUUAAACUCGUGUUAAAAAUGCUGCAUAUGGAUCACAUCCUGUUGUGUCUAACACUCCUGACAAUAAAGGAUUUACUGUUCACAAAGUGAA